AUGUCAUUCAACUCUACAGACUUUGUUCUAACUGGAGAUAUCAACAGUCCUACUUAUGCAGCAGUUCUUGGUAUUGAAGGAGUCAUUGGUAUAAUAGCUAAUGUAGCAGUGUUAUUAAUGACACUGUAUCAAAGGAAAUCCUGGAAUCAGCCAUCAACAAUAUUCUUCACUUCUCUCCUACUGCCUAACCUCAUUAUUGCUCUAUGCUAUUUGAUGUCUUCUAUUGCAGUAGGAGCUGAAGAAUGGAUCUUUGGAAACACUUUUGAGCAAAAGAAUGGAUCAUGUAUGUUUGUUGGUUACAUUCUUUGGAAUGGUAUUAUGAUUAUUGCUGCAACAUUAGCUGCCAUAUCUUUUGAUCGGUUUCUGUUUAUUGUCAAGCCUCAUCUUCACAAGCAGUUCAUGAGACCACGAGUAGCUCUGAUCCUGAUUAUUGGUGUGUGGUUGCUGAGUUCACUAAUAAAUACCAUACCAUUUUAUAGUACAGGUGGAUAUGGGUAUUUUCCUCCUAAUGGUAUUUGCUCAUUUUUAAAUGAAACAUCUCCAUAUUAUUUUGUAGUUCUGAUACUAGUGUAUGCUAUUAGUUAUUCUAUAAUGGCAUUUACAUCUAUUUGGACAUUCUUUUUCACUCGUAGCUUCAUAAAGAGGCAGGGUCGAUCAGUUGAUAGUGGUGUGUAUCAGUCUAAGAAUAAGAAGCUGUUUGGUAUAUUUGGAUCCAUGCUUCUAUCUUAUAUCCUAAGUUUUUUUCCAUCAUAUAUUGUUGGUUUUUUUGUCUACUUUGGUCUACCUGAUCCUGAUGGUCUGUAUGCUUUUACCUUUUGUACAUAUGGGUUGGUCGUAAUAAUAAAUCCUCUCAUUCAGUCAUACUUCAGGCCAGAGAUAAAAGAGGUUUUAGCUUCUUUUGCCAAUAAAAUUGGAUUAAAAUCAAACAAAAUAUUACCAGUCAGGAUCCAAGUCGAACCCAAACCUGAUUGA